AUGGACGGCCGAAACUCGUCAUCGCGUCCGCCGGACUAUGCUCUGCCCUCCUACGACGAUGAUCUCGACACACCAACGGGGGGAAAUUCGGCAGCCGUGAGGCUACUCACGUCCAUGGAGGAGCCGCUGCCCGAAUCUCGUCCGUACGUAUUGCCCCGACUGGCCCUGUCCUCCCCCUUGAGCCUCAUUCCCCCUCCUCUCCUUCUGUGCAAGAGUCAGCCCCAGGAACAACAGCAAGGGGCAGGUGAACUUCGGACAAGGCAGGCAGAUCCGCCAAAGGUGUCAACGCCAGAAUACUUGGAAGCUCUCAGGAAGCAAGAAGAUGGACCAACACCCAAGUCUAUCUCCUCUGAGAACCCGUACUCAUCAGCACCCAAGUCGCCAAAACGCAAGCCCGUUGUCAAGGUGCAACGCUCUUCAACUGUGAAGUUACAGAAGAAGAAAAAGCCCGACCAGGUUGUCGAGGCCGCAGUCUCACAGAACCUCCCCACCAUACCUGAGGGUCCCUCACCGAGGAGAAGUUCUCUCCUCAGCAAGAACUCAAAGAGUCAUAGCACUCUGCGAAACCAAGAUCAAUCUCCUGGUAAACAAAGCUCACACAAGACUCCGAAUAGUAUACGACCGACUCCGCGACGUUCGUACCAGCCCUCCGUCAACUCUCUGGAUUCAUCUUUCCUCGACCCUCCACAUAUACCCCCACCGACCUCGUCGUACUAUCAGCCCCGCGAGAGUGGGUCGCCAACUCGGCCCUGGACUCCGUCCUCGAGGAUGUCAACCAAUUCCGAUUUCCGACGACCGCCCGCCUCCAACCUACACUACGAACCAGUUGACAUCAAUGGAAGCCCUCGUCCAGGCACUCCCUCUUCACAGUAUGGUGGCAGUCCCCGUAGACCAUUGCCCCCUGCGCCACUGUUUUCUGCUUCGGCUCGCAACUCAUCGUAUACAGCAGACGAUGCUACAGUCAAUAUUCCACUAGAUCCCGACAACGAUGAUGUCUUCGGUCCUGGGGGAGACAUGGGAAACCACCGCGACUCGUAUGCUGCGCAGUCCCAGAUGACCCUCAACGAGGAACCCGAGACGCCUUACAACGACAAGGACGAAUUCUACGCGGAGCUGCCCGACGGAGAACAGGAACGCCGCGGUGUUCGCGCGCCUCAGGUCUCAAGGAAAGCUGUUCAGCUUAUCAACGGCGAGCUUGUCCUGGAGUGCAAGAUCCCGACUAUCCUCUACAGUUUCCUUCCGCGAAGAGAUGAGGUCGAGUUCACCCAUAUGAGAUACACAGCCGUCACUUGUGAUCCCGACGACUUCGUCGAGAAGGGAUACAAGCUGCGACAGAACAUUGGCAAGACAACACGAGAGACGGAGCUUUUCAUCUGCGUCACCAUGUAUAACGAGAACGAGAUUGACUUCACACGCACAAUGCACGCUGUCAUGAAGAAUAUCAGCCACUUCUGCGGGCGCAACAAGUCGCGAACCUGGGGAGAGAAAGGUUGGCAGAAGAUCGUCGUUUGUAUCGUGUCGGAUGGAAGAAUGAAGAUCCACCCUCGGACCCUCGAUGCGCUGGCCGCUAUGGGUGUAUACCAGCACGGUAUCGCCAAGAACUUUGUCAAUCAGAAGGCUGUGCAGGCCCAUGUGUACGAGUACACGACUCAGGUCUCGUUGGACGCCGAUCUGAAGUUCAAGGGUGCCGAGAAGGGCAUUGUGCCAUGCCAAAUGAUUUUCUGCCUGAAGGAAAAGAAUCAGAAGAAGUUGAACUCCCACAGAUGGUUCUUCAACGCUUUCGGGAAGGCACUCAACCCCAAUGUCUGCAUUCUUCUUGAUGUUGGCACGAAGCCUGGCAGCAACUCGUUGUAUCAUCUUUGGAAGGCUUUCGACCAAGACUCCAAUGUCGCAGGCGCUUGUGGUGAGAUCAAGGCCAUGAAGGGCAAGUAUGGGACCUCGUUGCUGAACCCCCUCGUUGCUUCUCAAAAUUUUGAAUACAAGAUGUCCAACAUCUUGGAUAAGCCUCUUGAGUCGGUCUUUGGCUACAUUACAGUUCUGCCAGGAGCCCUGAGUGCCUAUCGGUACCAUGCCCUCCAGAACGAUGAAACGGGACACGGCCCGUUGAGCCAGUACUUCAAGGGAGAGACGCUGCACGGCCAACAUGCCGAUGUGUUCACCGCAAAUAUGUACCUAGCUGAAGAUCGUAUUCUCUGCUGGGAGUUGGUGGCGAAGCGCAACGAGAGAUGGGUCCUGAAGUAUGUUAAAGGUUGCACUGGCGAGACUGAUGUUCCUGAUAGUGUCCCGGAGUUCAUCUCACAGCGACGCCGAUGGCUCAACGGUGCCUUCUUUGCUGCCGUGUACUCUCUUGUGCACUUCAAGCAACUGUGGCAAACGGACCACACUAUUGCCCGCAAAGUACUGCUUCACAUCGAGUUCUUCUACCAACUUUUGCAGCUCUUGUUUACCUACUUCUCCCUCGCCAACUUCUAUCUUACCUUCUACUUCGUUUCUGGCGGUCUCGCGGACCCAUCUGCCGAUCCCUUUGGCCACAACAUCGGCCUCUACAUAUUCACCAUCCUUCGAUACGCCUGUGUGCUUCUCAUAAGCAUGCAGUUCAUCAUCUCGCUGGGCAACAGGCCUCAGGGUGCUAAGAAACUCUACCUUACCAGCAUGAUCGUUUACGCCAUCAUUAUGGCCUACAACACCUUCGCCUGUAUCUAUAUCGUGGUGACACAGUUCACGAAGAAGGAUGGCAACGAGAACGCUUUAUCUCUAGGCAACAAUGUCUUCACAAACCUGAUCGUCUCGGUCGGUUCAACCGUCGGCUUGUACUUCCUCAUGUCAUUCAUGUACCUCGACCCUUGGCACAUGUUCACCUCCGCGGCCCAGUACUUCAUGCUCCUCCCUUCAUACAUCUGCACCCUGCAGGUCUACGCCUUCUGUAACACGCACGAUGUAACAUGGGGGACCAAGGGUGACAACGUGAUGAAGACAGAUCUUGGAGGCGCUGUGGGUAAAGGCGGCCUGGUCGAACUAGAGAUGCCCUCUGAGCAGCUCGACAUUGAUUCGGGCUACGACGAAGCCCUCCGCAAUCUUCGCGACCGAGUCGAGGUGCCUAGUCCUGGCGACAGCGAGGCUCAGAUGCAGGAAGACUACUACAAAUCCGUGCGAACUUACAUGGUGGUCAGCUGGAUGAUGGCCAACGCCAUCCUAGCCAUGGCAGUCUCUGAGGCCUACGGAAGCUCUGGCAUUGGCGAGAACUACUACCUGCGCUUCAUCAUGUGGGCCGUGGCGGCGCUGGCGCUUUUCCGAGCCAUCGGCUCCAGUACGUUUGCCUUUUUGAACUUGGUGAACAUGGUGGUCGAGGGCCGUGUGCGCAUGAGCAUCAAGGUGCCCCAGUGGAUGGGCGGUGUUGGGAGCAAAGUCAGCGAGGCCAUGAGUAGUGUGGGCAGUAGCCUUGGCAGUAGCUUGGGCCGCUAA